CUGACCUGAUUAUGCGGAAUUUUGUGUUUUAAUUUCCGAUCUCAUUACUAAGAGCGAAAAAUUGUUCGUAAGAAAUAUGUUAACGAAAAUUGUGUAGUUUUUUUGUCCGAAUUGUUCACUCAAAGUGUCUUUAUACAUUUAUGGGAGCUGUUAUUUUCAACUGAAGAUGAUUACUGUUUCAAAGAAAAUUUCAAAUUUUCGUAAUUUAGCCUACUUGACUCGGUGUUAUAGGACUAUUUAUUCUGGGAAAAUUCCUCAGUCUCCUUUAAAUACUAGUUUUGAAGACUCUAGUAGUAAUGGACUCAAAAAAGAGGGAUAUGGCGAAAAAGAAAUAUUUUUACUUGGACCAGCUGAUUUGCGAACUCCAUUACCAGGAAAUACUGGAAUUCCCCCUCUUUCAAUGAUAUACACAAAUAGAAUAAAGGAACUUCCCAAUCAGCGGGAAAUACUUUCUACUCCUCAAAAGAUCGAUUGUGCUGCUCAUGAUUGUCCUGUGCUUUUAAAAAAAGAUUUUGCCGAUUUGUUUCCAAAUAGGAAUCUGAGUAAUGAUAAUCUUACUGUUUUAACUCUCUGUCAAAAAACGGAAAAUGAUAUGAGUUCCUGGAGUGAAGAUGCUGAAGUUGAGAGAGAAGAAUUAGAAACUUUUUUUGUGACUGCUGCUAAUACUAUUUGUGCACAUUUAAAAAGAUCUGGUUAUUGGGCUGAUUUUAUACAUCCUAAUUCCGGGAAACCACAUUUUAAUCCAGUGACUGAUGCAGUUAUGUUUGCUACUGAUCUGCGAUAUCGGCGUUUAGGUUUCACAAUUGAUGACCUUGGUUGCUGUAGAAUUAUAUCUCAUGCAAUUUGGGGCACACAUGUAUUUGUUGGAGCUAUAUUUACAAAUGCAUCUUUAGAAAGUAGUGAAAUACAGGAAAUUGUGGCUGUUCAUAAACCAGUACAUAGUCCCUCUAAAAAUUAACUCAGUUUUUUGAGUUAUAAAAUUGUUAUUAAGUUAUAUUAAAAACCAUAUGUAUUUUGAUGUAAAACUUGUGUCUUUCUUUGAAUUUGAAACAACUUGUGUAUUUACUGGUUUUAAGGUAUCAGAUAUCUGUCAAAAAUGAUACAAUUUUAAAUGCAUGACUUUCCAUCAAUUUACAAAAUGUAUACAUAAACAUUUUCUUCAGUAAAGUGAUGUGAUGUUUGUAUAGUAAUUUAAUAUAUAUUAGUCAGUCAUUAGCAUAAACACAUUGUAAACAUUUAUAUUGUAUUGUAAUACAUUUGAAAAAGAUCUGUGAUCUUUUUCCUCUUCAUAAAUAAGUAUUGUGAAUAAAAUAUUAAUAGUAAAAUUA